AAACCCUAUUUUUUCCAUUAUCGCGCACCAAAUACGCAUUGCCCGUAUACCCCUCUCCCUUCCCCCCAACACACAAAUGGCCGCCGCCGCCCGCCCCCUUGUCACCGUACAAGCCCUAGAGAAUGAUAUGGCCACUGAUGGAGCCUCCUUGCCCCUUCCUGAUGUGAUGAAGGCAUCGAUCCGCCCGGAUAUCGUGACAUUUGUUCACGGUCAGAUCUCCAAGAAUGCCCGUCAGCCUUACGCCGUGUCCAAGCGCGCUGGCCACCAGACCUCUGCUGAGUCAUGGGGUACUGGUCGUGCUGUGUCGCGUAUCCCCCGUGUUCCUGGUGGUGGUACUCACCGUGCCGGACAGGGGGCCUUUGGAAACAUGUGCCGUGGUGGUCGCAUGUUUGCUCCUACCAAGAUCUGGCGCCGCUGGCAUCGGGCAGUGAAUGUUACACAGAAACGUCAUGCUGUGGUUUCUGCCAUUGCCGCAUCUGCUGUGCCUUCACUGGUACUUGCUCGUGGGCAUAGGAUUGAGGAGGUUCCUGAGUUGCCUCUUGUUGUUUCUGAUUCAGUUGAGGCUCUGGAGAAGACAAAUGCUGCUAUUAAAAUCCUUAAGCAAAUUGGAGCUUAUACUGAUACUGAGAAGGCUAAGGAUAGUCUUGGUAUUCGCCCUGGAAAGGGUAAAAUGCGCAACCGCCGCUACAUUUCUAGGAAAGGCCCUCUGGUUGUUUACGGUACUGAGGGUGCAAAGCUCGUGAAGGCAUUCCGUAAUAUUACUGGUGUUGAGGUAGCUCAUGUGUCACGACUCAAUCUUCUCAAACUGGCUCCUGGAGGUCAUCUUGGGAGGUUCAUAGUCUGGACCAAAUCUGCUUUUGAGAAAUUGGACGAGAUUUACGGAAAAUUCGAUAAACCAUCUGAGAAGAAGAAUGGUUAUGUCUUGCCUAGGGCGAAGAUGGUAAAUGCUGAUUUGGCUAGGAUCAUUAACUCUGAUGAGGUGCAGUCUGUGGUAAAACCGAUCAAGAAGGAGAUCAAGAGGGCUCCAUUGAAGAAGAACCCGCUGAAGAAUCUGAAUGUGAUGCUGAAGCUUAACCCAUAUGCUAAAGCUGCAAGGAGGAUGGCUCUGUUGGCUGAGGCUCAGCGCGUGAAGGCUAAGCAGGAGAAGCUUGAAAAGAAGAGGAAGCAAAUCACUAAGGAGGAGGCUUCUGCAAUUAAGUCUGCAAGUAAGACAUGGUACAAGACUAUGAUCUCAGAUAGCGAUUACACCGAAUUUGAGAACUUCUCAAAGUGGUUGGGCGUCUCCCAGUGAUUUAUCUUUGUUUGAAGUCUCCUAGAACCUGUUUUGUUAUCAUUUGUUUGUUUUCUCCUGUUUUUUUCUGGAUUUUAAGACAUUAAGGCGAUCAUAUUUGAGGGGAAUUACAGCAAUAACGUUUCUUCAAUUAAGUUCUCGGACGAUCCCUUCUUUAUAAUUUGGCGUCGUAGUUUAUGGCUAGUUUGAGAAAUUUUAGUUCAGGAAUGUCAAAGGAUUUUACAUGUUAUCUUAUUCACGAACCGUUGUUUGCUAGCACUUCGCAUUUUCGCAAUCCAAUUUUGGUUGUUUACUUA